UCCAGAACGUCUCUGGGACUCGCACAUGUGCUGGUGUCGGGUUGUCGAUCUCGUGACGAUGCAAAUCCGAAGAUUUCAAGUGUAUGAGACGCGGAUGCACGUUGUACUCGCGUCUUAGAUGCGUCUCGCACCGGUGCAUGAUUUGUCUGGUGUCCGAAGAGAUCCGCUAUGGUCAGGAGAGACAGCCAAAAGAGGCAUGGAAUUCUCCGGCUGCUCUGUGCAGUCGAUAAACACUCGGCGAGACCCAUGUCGUGGAGUUCCAACUCUUUUUUCGGCCUCAUUCAUACAUUGCCAACCCCCCCGGGACAUCCGGCGAUCGCUCACACAAUGUGGGAAGUGGUUAUAAUGGGCCCGAAAAGAAGCACAACAUCAGCUCUUCGUGGCAAGUGCCACCUGGGCAGAUCUGUUAAUCAGCAACAGUUAACAAAGUUCGAGACUUCAAUACAAAUGCGCUCUUUGCAGGUAGAAAUCUCGCAAUGUUGCUUAAUUAUAGGUGGCACCGCUUAUUGCGAUCAUCGGAUAAGGAUUCUAAUAGCAGCGUCUGCGGCGACUAGAAUAGCAUACUUACGAGUCGCAGUUUGUAUCGACAGCCUGGUGAUUGCGCGCUGUAUGAAAGCGCUACAAGAGCUGAACAAACGCUGCAGGAUGUGUAGAGCCAUAUGGCGGCAGGUGCGCGCUCAAUGCGCACGUUGGCCCCUUGUUUCCUACCAAUACUCGAGCAUCGUGACACCCAAAGAGGCCAAAAAAGAGACCGCAAUCAUGUCAGACUGUCUGCAAAAGGCGGGGAGGUCGCUGAUGUUGAACAGAUGCUCGACUUCGUGAUCAGCUGGAAGACCCAGGUGGCGAGACGAACCAUUUACGGCGCCGGCUGAAAUGCAUUUCUAGCUGCACAUCUGGCGUUUUCUAGGGGCAAUACUGGCGGUGAGUGUGGGGCCCCAGUUCCACGCCGGCUCAAAUUCGUUGACCUCAAUCUCG